AGCGCUGUCACUGAGGAGCCUGGAAGGAAGAUCAGCCCGCUCCUCAUCCUCACCACUAUGGAAGAACUCACUGCCUUUGUGUCCAAGUCCUUUGAUCACAAGAUAAAGGAGAAGAAGGAGAUGAUCACUUACCGGGAGGUUCUGGAGAGCGGCCCGGCUCGGGGCAAGGAUCAGGCCUGUGCUGAGGGGCACCGGGAGGACGGGGUGCCGGUGACCCGUGGGAUAGCAGGGGGUGGAGGUGGCGGAGGAGGAGGUGGAGGAGGUGGAGGUGGUGCCAGAUCACCGGUGCUGGAGCUGGAACUGACCGCCGACAGGAUCCGGGACAGUGGGAGCCCCAAGCUGACAGAAGUGUCCCCAGACAUGAAGGAGCGGAAGGAGGACCUGAAGGUCCUGGAGGAAGAAGGGCAGACCAAGAUCAAGCAGAGAAGGAGCCGAACCAACUUCACCCUGGAGCAGCUGAACGAGCUGGAGCGGCUGUUUGAUGAGACCCAUUACCCUGAUGCCUUCAUGAGGGAAGAGCUGAGCCAGAGGCUGGGGCUGUCCGAGGCCAGAGUGCAGGUCUGGUUUCAAAAUCGGAGAGCAAAAUGCAGAAAACAGGAGAACCAGCUGCAUAAAGGGGUUCUCAUAGGAGCAGGGAGCCAAUUUGAAGCGUGUCGUGUAGCACCUUAUGUCAACGUGGGAGCACUGAGGAUGCCCUUCCAGCAGGAUAGUCAUUGCAACAUGCCAUCCUUGUCCUUCCAGGUUCAGGCACAGUUGCAGCUGGACAGUGCUGUGGCCCAUGCUCAUCAUCACCUACACCCUCAUCUGACCGCGCACGCCCCAUACAUGAUGUUUCCUGCUCCACCCUUUGGUCUCCCUUUGGCAACGUUGGCAGCAGAGACGGCGACGGCUGCAUCAGUAGUGGCUGCUGCUGCAGCUGCCAAGACAACAAGCAAGAACUCAAGUAUUGCAGACCUCAGACUGAAAGCCAAAAAACAUGCAGCUGCCUUGGGGCUGUGACUAGCAAUGCUUGGGGCCUCAGACUAUGGGGUCCUACGGACAUUACCCUAAGUCCUUUAUUUAGGACAUGGUCUCAAUCACAGCCAAAACCCCCUUCGAAACCUUCAAGGGAUCAAGAGGUCAUAACUCAUCUGAUGAAGAGGCUGCUGCAGUCUUGAAUGUUUAUACAUCAGAAAAUUCCUUUUUUCA